AUGACAAAUUCUGUUUCUGUCACAAUGUUACAUAAAUCAGAGGAUGGGCACUUCAUGUAUGUUUUUGUCGCACUAAAUGCAUCAAUCAUAAGAUGGAAAUACUGCUACCCUGUUGUAGUGGUUGACGAGACAUUCCUCAAAUCAUCACACACGGGAACAAUGUUAAGAGCUAGCGUACAAAAUGCGGCAGGUAAAUUUUUUCCACUAGCAUAUGUUGUUGUCGAUUCUGAAGAUGAUGCUUCUUGGGAAUGGUUUUUUGAAAUGUUUAGACAGGAUUUUGGGGAAAGAGAAAGGAUGUGUAUCGUAUCCGAUCGUCAUGCAAGCAUAUUGAUGGGUGCUUCAAUUGUGUGUCCAGAGGUAUCUCACUGUGUCAUCAUCUUUCAUCUUUGGAAUAACAUAAAGAAGCAGUUCAAGAAGAACCAUGACCGGAUGAGAGAAGUAUUUUUUGCAAUGGUUAAAGCAUACAAAAUUGAAGAUUUUAAUCGCCUCAUGCAAGAUAUGGACAUCAUUGAUAAGAGGGUAAGGGGUUACCUGUUCCAAGUUGGUUUUAAAAAGUGGUCCAUAACGCAUUCCACUGUUAAUAGAUCCAUGGUGAUGACUUCAAAUAUUGCCGAGUCACUCAAUGCAAGAAACAAAGAGGCAAGAGAGCUACCAAUCAUAAGUUUGCUAGAUUAUAUGAUGAAUUUGGUUAUGGAAUGGAAUAAUACAAAUAGAAUGACUGCAAUGAGUGCAUUUACUGGCCUAGAAAAAAAAUAUAACGAAGUACUGAAGGAAAAUAGCUAUUUGUCGCAGAAGAUGACGGUGAGACCUUCAACCGAUUAUGUAUAUAUAGUAAUGGAUGCUGAACAAAGGCGGAGCAUAGUAUGCUAG